UUGAAUUUUAGCUAAGUUUGUCGUAAUCAGCAUGCUUCCAGAGAAGAAAAACAUCAAGCAGUUCACUUGACCUGUAUGGUAGGUUUCCUACCUUUUUGUAUCUUUAUGUGGACAUUUUUAUGGUCUCCUCUGCCUUGGAAGACGAAAAUUUUAAAAGCUGAUGGAAAUAAUAUUAUUGACAGCUGCUCGAUCACAAUCAAAAUGAAAGAUUUUUCUCAUAGUAAGCGUUUGCAUUGUACAAUUCAGUCGGUUAAACCCAAUUUAUUUUAUGGCUGCUGGUUCUGAGAAUCAGUAUGGGAAAAAACAUACCUGGGGAGAAAAACGGCCAAAAAACAUACUCUUUGCAUUGGUUUUGUUGGCAGCACGUACCGAUGUAGCUUAUAUCAAGGGUAGAUCCCACAGAGGGCUUCCCUUGUUUCAAGCACAAACAGUGACUGCCCACAGGACGGAGAGGUACGGGACCAUACACCGACUUGUAUUUGCUAUUCAUAUGGGAUUGAAAUUUCUAAGUCUUUUGAAAUGUCUGCUCAACAAAUGUUCAUAAAAGUGUAAGUCUCUUCAAUUUUUAAGGACAAAAAAAUUCAGUGACAAUUUUUAAGGAAAGAUUUUUAAGUGGCAAGAUUGAUCAGAAUUGAAUACAGGCGUAGCAUCGACAGUCUGCUACCUAAACCACUAUACCACUGUGCAUUGGCUACUGAGAAGUGCUUUGAUUGAGUUAGGACACAGUGCGAGCCAGCGAGCCAUGCGGGCCAUGUGAAAGAAAAAUAGAAAAAAAUAGAAAAAGCAGUAAUACGAAAAAAAUAAAAUAAUAACCAAAAGCUACCUAUUGUAAAUGAGUGUUUAACGCCAAAAAGCGCUUACCCUAAUACGUAAAAAAAGUUUUUAACCUUAAGCAAUUAUAGUCAGAAUCUCACACUCCGUGAAAUGCAAAUACAAGUCGAUGUAUUGGUCCCGUACAAUAGCCACUAGGAUUCUGGGUCCCAUACGAAUAGCCACUGGACUCUUUCGUUACCCGUCCUACAUCUGCUUUAUUUCUGUUCAACACUUUCUUAAACACUUUGACCACUUUUGCAUAAAAAAGAAUACCUGUUCCCUUAACCUCCCACUCCCUUGAAAUCCCAGCUGUGCUCGAUACUUUCCUUAUAUAUUUUUUACUUUAGAAACCCCCAUCCCCUUGAAAUUUACAAUGACCCUGGGGGGACGGGGUGGGUAUGCAUCCUAAAGGGCACAACACCAUUGGCCAAUUUAUGAACAGAAGGGAACGUCAGCAUUCCUGAGUGGGACUUUACAGGCAAGAAAAUUAAAAUGCCUCUGCAAAAGAAGGCUAUGACCCCUGCUUACACUUCGUGCUCCUGUUAACUGGUAACUAAGUUGCACUUCUUAAAGCCUGCAAUCAAACGCACCAUUAAUUAUUUUUGGAAUCACAAGAGUAAAAAGUUAUGCUCUCACAGUGAGCCACAGAAGAUUAAGGUGGAGUAUAUAAGAGGGAGAGCUUGCCACAAUCACUGAAAGAAAUUUCCUUUCCCCUUCACCCAGUUAAAUUUAAAUACGAUUUGCGGAGAAAAUGAGAACCCUUUUUAAACGUGACUAGCUUGGGGUCUCACAGUCUGUUUGUGUUAUGCAGGACUUAUUGCUGAAGCCCACAAAGAGAAAUGAUAUUUUUAGAACUUAGAAACUUCUUAAGCUUAAAAUCUUUUCGUAAAUUCAUAAACUCAGGUUCUCAUACACCGUAGACUGGAAGGUUUAAGAUGACAACAGUAUUUAAGCCAAUCAUUCGCUGGGCGCAAAAUAAAGAGUGGCUUUUUUUAACCCUGGAGCUUACUGAUGUGCAAUACCCAGCCAUUGAGUUAACAAGUACACGCCUAGUCUUUCAAGGGUUUGGUCAUGGUGCCAGAGGAGAGCAACAAUAUCAUGUAGACAUAAAUUUCUACAAGCCUGUGAAUGUUUCAGCAAGUACCCACAAAGUGUUGGACCGCCAUGUGAAGUUUUCCAUUGCUAAGGUAUCUGGCGAGCAGGAAUUUUGGCCUCGCCUUUUGGGUGAUGAACAGAAGCCUGCAUGGUUAAAGAUUGAUUUUGAUAGAUGGCAAAGUGAGGAUGCAUCCGAUACUGACCAUGAGGAACUACAAAAUCAAGCUGAAGUGGAGAGAUUUAUGGAGGCAAGUGAUGCAAGGGAAUUGGAGCUAGAAGAUGCAAUAGAUGAAACCAAAGAAGAAGUCUUAAGAUUUGUUCGAGUAUUUUAUUUGAUUAUAUACAAUCUCAUGCAAGCUGGUUUAUUUCUGUACAUUGUCUUGGUUCUUUUGUCAAGAUUAUUUUUUCAUGGAACUGAUGCUUUUACUGAUGCUUAUGAUGCAGUGAGUGAUGUUCUAGCCUCCUGUCAAUUGGCAGCCAUCUUGGAAGUUGUUAAUCCUAUGUUGGGCAUUGUAAAAACUGGCGUAGUGGCUCCUUUUAUGCAAGUCUUUGGUAGAAACAUGGUUCUUUUCCUUGUAGUGGUUGCACACAAAGAGCUUCAUCAACAAGCUGUUGUUUACGGUCUCUUCCUGGUCUGGUCUCUUAUUGAAGUUGUCAGGUACCCAUUUUAUGCUUCCCAGGUCAUCAACAAGAGAAUUGAACCUCUGAUUUGGCUGAGAUACACCAUGUGGAUUCCUCUUUACCCUCUGGGUAUCUUCUUUGAAGGUAAUGAUAUUAAGGAAUACAGUCAAAUCUCUUGUAAGUUGAAUCAGAAAAAGUGUCAGUGUUAGAGAGGUGUUUCUUUAAGGAAGGCUAGUAUAUCAGAGUUUGCAUGCUGCUGUGAUCAUGACUACGUGUUUGCUCAUGUAGUUUUGUGUUAGGAUGUCAGGGUCAGCACAGGUUUUGGGGAAUACUGUAUACCAGUUUACACUGUAGGGUUUCCUUAAAUUCAUAGUUGGGUAUAUGGGAUCUUUCACCUAAAAACAAAAUCAUUGUUGUUAUCUUACUUUUUUUUAGGUUUGGACAAUGUCCAGUUAAUUCUUUCAAGCGGGGGCUCAUGUAGACCAUCUGAGGGGUUACCAAGACCACAUGCUAAUUUUUUUCAUUAUAUUUAACUUAAUACUUAUAUGUCAUCUGUGGGGUCAGGAAACCUCUUUUGUCAGGUCAUUGACCCAAGACCUGUCUCUUAUCUGUAACACUGUUUGGACACAUUGAGAAAAAUCAGGGUAAAUUUUGAGUAUAUUGUUUAGAUUAUUUUAGUAACUAAAACCCUGGCUUACCAUUAGAGGUUUGACUGUAACUUGAAUACCAUAGGGGUAAGGGGUUCUUGGCUAUUAUUUUUAAAUAUUAUUAUUGAAAUAAAAUUGUGAUGGGAACUUCAGAGAUAAAGCACUAAGAUUAUCCAAGUUACGGUCAAUCAUUCAGCUCACUCAAAAAACGUUAUCAAAAUAAUAAUUGUCUUACAUUGAAGUACAAUAAUAUUUUAAUGGUCAUUUUUAACCUAGUGCAAAAGAUUGCUGGUUUUUAUUUUGACUGACUUUCAGUGCAAGUCUUAAAGGGAACACAAUACACUUCUAGGUUAUGUAAUAAUAAAGGAAUCCAUUGCUAUAAUUUUAAGUUAACACAGACUGUAAAGUCAGUAUAAUUUACAUUUUUAGACAUAUUUACUUAAACAAUACAACCCCAAUUUCUUGGACUUUUGGCUUUCCAAAAUUCCAGGAUAACAUGAACCAAACUUAACUUCCAUUAGCAGUUAGAUACGUACAGUGAUUUUAUCCCUUCAUUUUUCAAACCUCCCAAUAACUCGAACCAAUCUUUUUUAACCAAGGUGGUUCAAAAAAAUCAGGAUUCCAAGUUUGUGGGUAUUCUUUCCCUGCUUGAUUCUUUUCCAUUUGAAAUUUUUAACAGGUACACUGGUUUGGAGAGCUAUUCCUUUGCUGGAAAAAUCAGAAAGAUUUUCUAUCAGGCUGCCAAAUGCAUUUAACUUCAGCUUCAGUUUUGCAUGGUUCCUCAGAGUUUACCUUGUACUCCUCAUUGCUGGAGGAUGGUACAUGAUGAAACACAUGUAUAUUUUGCGGUGGCGAAGAUACGGCAGAAGAAAAAGAAAGAUAANUUAUCCAAGUUAAGGUCAAUCAUUCAGCUCACUCAAAAAACGUUAUCAAAAUAAUAAUUGUCUUACAUUGAAGUACAAUAAUAUUUUAAUGGUCAUUUUUAACCUAGUGCAAAAGAUUGCUGGUUUUUAUUUUGACUGACUUUCAGUGCAAGUCUUAAAGGGAACACAAUACACUUCUAGGUUAUGUAAUAAUAAAGGAAUCCAUUGCUAUAAUUUUAAGUUAACACAGACUGUAAAGUCAGUAUAAUUUACAUUUUUAGACAUAUUUACUUAAACAAUACAACCCCAAUUUCUUGGACUUUUGGCUUUCCAAAAUUCCAGGAUAACAUGAACCAAACUUAACUUCCAUUAGCAGUUAGAUACGUACAGUGAUUUUAUCCCUUCAUUUUUCAAACCUCCCAAUAACUCGAACCAAUCUUUUUUUACCAAGGUGGUUCAAAAAAAUCAGGAUUCCAAGUUUGUGGGUAUUCUUUCCCUGCUUGAUUCUUUUCCAUUUGAAAUUUUUAACAGGUACACUGGUUUGGAGAGCUAUUCCUUUGCUGGAAAAAUCAGAAAGAUUUUCUAUCAGGCUGCCAAAUGCAUUUAACUUCAGCUUCAGUUUUGCAUGGUUCCUCAGAGUUUACCUUGUACUCCUCAUUGCUGGAGGAUGGUACAUGAUGAAACACAUGUAUAUUUUGCGGUGGCGAAGAUACGGCAGAAGAAAAAGAAAGAUAAAAUAAACAAAGGACACUGUUUCCGUUGAUAAUACCAGAGGAAUGUAGGAUUCAUGGACCUAAUUUGCUUCACUUUUUGUUGUCCUUUUGGAGUCAGGAUUUUGUCAAAAUAUUUGACCCUUUGUUUUGCAUCAGUUUGUCUGUCCAUGAAAAAGAACACUUGUAUUUUCAAAUGAUCACAUCAAAAAAGGAAAGCAAGUUAGGUCUAUUUUGUACCUUGGUCGGAACAGUCACUUGAACUGUAGUAGUACUACAGCUGUAGUUAUGGGUUUCAAGUUUCUUUUUGCCAAUGAGAUUCAAUGGAAGAAAAUAAUUU